AUGGCGUCAACCACCCCCCCUCGCCCGCCAGCCCUCGGAUCUCUCAUCGAUGAUGGUGCACUCGAGCUCGUCUCCGUCCUUGGCUACGGAGGUUACGGUAUCGUCUAUCGCGCCGUCGAGACCACCUCCACUUCCGCGGAGCCACGAUCCUACGCGGUCAAGUGCCUCUUCCAUUCACAGAUGCGCCACUCUUCCCGCCAACGCCGUCUACAUCUCCAGGAGAUUACCCUGCACCAACUCGCAUCCGCUCACCCAAACGUCGUAACUCUCCACCGCGUUAUUGACGAUGGAGCCUACAUAUUCCUCGUUAUGGACUACUGCCCCAGUGGCGACCUCUUCUCGCAGAUUCUCCACAAACGGCGAUAUCUCGGUCACGACGGUCUUAUCAAACACGUUUUCCUCCAGCUUCUCGAUGCGGUCGAAUAUUGUCAUUCGCUGGGCAUCUUUCACCGAGAUUUGAAGCCAGAGAACGUCCUCUGCUUCAACGGCGGCCUUCGACUUGCCAUAACCGACUUUGGGCUCGCCACAACUGACCGCGUCAGCGACGAGUUUCGGACGGGCAGCGUUUACCACAUGAGUCCUGAAUGUCAAGGCGGGGUCUUCGCGCCCACUGGGACGUACUCACCACCGUCAAAUGACAUUUGGUCCCUCGGUAUCAUUCUCCUCAACCUCAUCACAGGUCGCAAUCCAUGGAAGUCUGCAUGCCCUUCAGACCCAACGUUCCACGCCUAUCUCCAAGACCCAUUACACUUCCUUCCCAGUGUCCUCCCUAUCUCCUCCGAAGUCAACGAUGUUCUCGUCCGCACCCUCGACGUCAACCAUCGCAAUCGCAUCUCCAUCGCAGAGCUCCGUCGCUCUAUCAAGGGCAUCAAUUCCUUCUACUCAGAAGACGUCGUCUUUGAGAACUCCAUGGCUCGUUGCGCUUGGGAGAUCGGCAUUGACAUCACCAACGGCACGAACCCUGAAGACGGACCCAACUUCAGCAUGCCCGUCCCUCCACCGGAGGAACCUAAGUCUGCUUGGAGCGUCGAUACGGAGCCGGAGAUGGUCUUCGCGGCGCAGGAGGAGCUCGACGAUGCGUUGUCGGAUAAAUCGUGGACAUUGCAAGACUCGAGGGAGACUUGGGGCGCCAGGGGCGACGAGGAGCUGAGGUCGAGGUCGCCAUCGCCGGCUCCUUCGACACCAUUCCAACAGGCCUUCGACGCUCGGAAUAACCGAAGAGCCACUCCGUCGUCGUCAUACUCGAUGUACUCGCCGGCGCUCUCUGAACCAUAUAUGUCUACGGAUCCCGCUUUUACGGAUGCAUCUGUGAACUACUCGAGUAGGAUCGUUGUUCGUGAGGUUGACAGCACCGCUUACGACGGUAGCGUCAUCAUGCGUUCGACAGACUCUGGGACGAUGCACACGGCACUGGAGAGUAUCGGCACGACGGGCGGGUCUUCUUAUAUCGUUCCUUCCGCUGUUCCACCUUCGAAGCCGAUACACCCUCCCUCUUCACCCAUCGACGUCGGUAUGAGCGAUGACGAUCAGGACCAGGAUGCAGACGAAAUCAACCAAACCAUGAGCUGGACGCAAGCUUCGUAUAGUCAGCCUUCUGCGCCUACUUCUCGAGACCUUUCCCCCCUUCAGACCGGCACUACUUCUACAGCCGUCGGCCACGACUCUUCUCACCAUCACCGCUACUCGCCGAUGGACACCUCUCCUGGCACUCAAUGGCGAGACUCGUACUCCUCGCCGGCCGCUCUUCCGAAGUCCCAGCCUCCCACUUCAUCCAACAAGCCUCCUAUCUUCUUUCCUGUCGUCACGCAGAUGUCGUCACCCGUCGAACGAUCCUCGAAACCUUUCAUUCCUGACGAUUCCAUAUUGAGGCGACCACCGAAACCGAGGGCCUCGUCAUUCUUCAACCCUAUCCGGCUUGCGUUUCCGCGCGCCGUCUCUCCACCUCCUCCCAUUCCCUUCCUUCCGAGGAGGGAUACUCGGAGAGGUCUCAUCCACGACGCACCCAUCCAUACUCCAAUUCCGCAGUCUGCGCCGCCACACUCCGCAUAUCGGAGUUUCCUGCCGCCGACCAGGCCUCAGGAUGAGCACAAGCACACGGCGGGCCCGGGGUUCGGAGGUCAUGUUCAGACGAUCCACCACAAGCACAUGCAGACGCCUAUCCAGGCGAAGGUGAACAUGCACGGGCACGGACAAGGCAGCGGGAGAAGGAGGCGAAGACAGCCAUUGAGGAGCGCCAGGGACUGGCUGUUCUCGGGUAGGUUAUUUGGGGCUGGCGCGAUCUGA